ACAGAUGCAAGUUCCCAAGAAAGAAAGUCCGAGAUCUCUCUCUCUCUCUCUCUCUGAGCUCUGUUGCUCAAUUAAGUUGUUAUUGGCUUCACUACUCUUCAACCCCACCCCACAUCCUCAAUUUCCUUCUACUGACACCACCGCCGCCACCAUCUUCUCUGCCGCUCUCCAUUUUCCGAUGACACCACCAACUCAGUUACCUCCAUUUCUCUCUUCUUUCUUUCUCUUUACCCCCUGUUUCACUGUCAAUUUCUACAUGUGAAUUAUCUUCAAUUAUACCUUCAUACUUCCUAUUGUCUUUUUCAUCCACAUGGGGUUUUCCUACUAGAACGAUCUAAGUGAAAAUCUUGAAUUUUUUGUGUUUGAUAAGGAUAAUAAAGAGUGUUUUCUUUUUUGAAGAAAAAUGGAUCAUAGUCGUGUUCAGCAGCAACCAAUUACUUCUGGUUUAACUAGGUAUCGAUCUGCGCCAAGUUCUUAUUUCUCGACCCUAUUAACUACUACUAAUCCUGUUACUGGUGGGGGUUGUGGUUAUGCAAGAGAUGAUUUCUCUCACUUGCAAAAUUCUAGUGCUUCUUCAUCUACUGAUAUAGAGAAAGUUUUCGCUAGAUUCGUAGCUAGUAUUGGUAACUCCAACUCUAACUCAGGGAAUUUCCAUACAAAUCAACAAAUUCAGGAAAACCCCACGAGUAAUAUGAAUGUUAGAUCGGAUUUUAUUGUUCCGAAACAAGAGGUUACACCGCGAUUAGUGCGACAUAGGAGUAGUGAUUACUCAAUUGUUUCACAACAGAUGAAUUAUCAAAAUCAGAGUCAACAGUUCAUUUCACCUGUGAAAAAGGAACCAGAGACUGAUCAUGAUUCAGCUUCACAAAUGAAAUACCAAAGCCAAUCUCAACAAAUUGAGAAGUCAAGGGAAGUCACAGAUAAGUCAUUUGUAUUUGCGAAUUCGGCUAAUUUGACACCUGGUAGUAGUAGUGGUGGCAGUGGUGGUGGUGGUAAUUCGAAUCUUACCCGUUAUAAUAGCUCGCCUGCUGGAUUCUUUGCUCAAAUCAAUAUCGAAAAUGAAUAUGGUGCUAUGCGAGGCAUAGGGAGUUAUGGAACUGGUACUAAUGCUGCUACAGAAACUUCAUUGUCGACUCCGAAAAGUUUCAAGACUCAAGUUGGAUUCUCAUCCGGGAAACCUCCUGCUUCUCCCAGGCUAAUAUCUCCAAUCUCUGAAUUUAGAGAUAAAGUUUUGGAAGAAAAGAGCACGGGGAAUGAACAUAAAAACGACGAGAACUGCAUUACAGAUUUCCCCAUGCCUUCUUGGGAAGAUUCACACAUUUUGUCCGACGAUUUCCUCAAAGCUGAAGACAUUGAGAUUGAGCCAUACUCUAAUGAAGAUGCAUCCCAUAAUCAGAAUAGUGAAGGGCUGGCUCGCCCGCCAAUUCCCUUAUCUCAUCAUUUGAGUUUGCCCACAAGUAUCAUGGAGAAGCUCUUGCAAGAUUCAGUACACUUGAAUGUCAGAGCAAAGAGGGGUUGUGCAACUCACCCUCGUAGCAUUGCAGAAAGGGUGAGAAGAACACGAAUAAGCGACAGAAUGAGGAAGCUGCAAGAGCUUGUUCCCAACAUGGACAAGCAAACAAACACAGCAGAUAUGUUGGAUUUUGCAGUAGAUUAUAUUAAAGAGCUGGAGAAACAAGUCAAGAUAUUAGCAGAAAUGCGCUCCAAAUGUACGUGCAUAAAUAAGUAAAAAGCUACAGAUCAAAAGGUGAAAGUAGGAUGAAAGGGAAAUGAUAAAUUGAAAUCAGCUAGCAGAAGUGGAUUCCCUUUGAUACUUGAAGAAGACAAUGGGGAUGGCAUUUUGGUGGGUAGAAUAUAUAGAAGCAAAUUCAUUUGAUAUAACAUAAUAUACUUUUUUAUAAAAAUGAUGUUCGAAUCAACUUUGCCCACCUCAAUUAUGUGAUUUGCUUGUAUGAAUAAUUAUGUCCACUACAACCUCAAAUGUACAUAUACUUUUGUCUAUUUUACUUGGCUUUUCAUGUCUA